CAUGUACAGAACGGGGAAACAGUGGGCAGAGGAAUGAACUAUGUUCCUGAUUGUGUGGAUUUAACUGACAAAUUAUAAAUAUUAGUGGCUCGCUGCAGUUUCCCCCUCUCCUUCCUCCUUCCCCCUCAUGGCUGUCAGUGCAAAGAGAAUUCUGGUUUUUGGCUGAUGACAGGUGUGGUACACAUUCCGUUUUAGUACCUACAGUGUUCCUGAUCUUUACCCGGCAAGAUGGCCUCAAUAGAUGAUGAUGAUGAUGAUGAGAGGACACCCCUUUUGCAAGACUCUCAUAUUGGGGAGCUUGUGGAAACACAGAAGCAGUUGAAGAGCAGGUGGUGGUCCAUUAGGGUCAUGUAUCUUACUAUGUUUCUUAGCAGUGUUGGCUUUUCAAUUGUAAUGACAUCGAUCUGGCCUUAUCUUCAAAAGGUAGACCAGAGCGCUGAUGCAAGUUUCCUUGGGUGGGUUAUAGCUUCCUUCAGCCUGGGACAGAUGGUUGCUUCGCCUUUAUUUGGGUUGUGGUCUAACCAUAGGCCAAGAAGAGAGCCUCUUGUCGUUUCCAUUACCAUCUUGGUGGCAGCGAGCUGCCUGUAUGCCUAUGUACAUGUGCCUGCGUCACACAACAAGUAUUACAUGCUUCUUGCUCGGACAUUUGUUGGCUUUGGAUCAGGAAAUGUUGCUGUAGUUCGAUCAUAUGUUGCAGGUGCCACAUCACUUUCAGAACGGACUGGGGCAAUGGCAAAUAUAAGUGCUUUCCAAGCCAUGGGAUUCAUAUUGGGUCCAGCUUUUCAGGCUGCCUUGUCUGUAAUUGGAGAGACUGGAAUAACUAUCAAUGGCAUUUCCCUGCAAGUAAACAUGUAUACAGCUCCAGCACUUAUGGGAGCUCUUCUUGGCAUUGGAAAUAUCAUACUGAUAUUUGCUAUAUUCAGAGAACACAGGGUGGAUGAUCUUGGAAAAAACGUUUCGAGUAUCAACAGUGAAUCUGAAGUUACAGAUGUAGAAAAAGCUAAUGAAGGCCCCAUAGAUCAGAUUGCAGUCAUCUCUUCUAAUAUCCUGUUCUUUGUCGUCUUGUUCGUGUUUGCCAUUUUUGAAACGAUUUCCACUCCUCUAACAAUGGACAUGUAUGCAUGGACUAGGACACAGGCGGUUUUUUACAAUGGAAUUAUUCUUGCUGCUGUUGGAGUUGAAUCAGUGAUCGUAUUCCUAACUGUUAAAAUACUUUGUAAAAAGACUGGAGAACGUGUAUUACUGCUUGGAGGACUGGCAGUUAUUUGGAUUGGAUUCUUCAUCUUGUUACCUUGGGGAAAUCAGAUGCCAAAGAUUCAGUGGACAGACCUGCAAAACGCCACCAUUCACAACACUACUCAGUGGGCCUCAAGCAUUACAUCCCCUGGCAAUCACAGCGUUGAGCCGACUGGAUGUCCAGUAAUACAGACCUGGUGCUUGUAUACUCCUGUUAUCCAUCUGGCCCAGUACCUCACCUCUGACAUACUGAUUGGUGUGGGCUAUCCCAUCUGUAAUGUAAUGUCCUACACCCUAUACUCCAAGAUCAUAGGUCCAAAACCACAGGGGUUGUAUAUGGGCUGGUUAACAGCAGCUGGCAGUGCAGCCCGCACCUUGGGACCAGUGUUCGUCAGCCAGAUCUACACACAUUUGGGAACCAGAUGGACAUUUGGUAUCAUUUGUGCAUUUGUUGCCCUUUCUCUGCUACACUUAACUGCUGUAUAUAAAAGGCUUAUCCCUUUUUCUACUCGAUAUGAGAGGCUAUAGCUAGGAUACACAUUGAACUACAUGUUGCACUACUUGCUUGUUAAAGACAAGUGACACCAGAAAGUAAACCUUAUUUAUUACAUCUAUCAUAAUAUUUUCUUUGCAUGCUAUUUAUAAUUUUAAUUUUGCCAUGCAAUUAUGUAACAAAUGCAUUUACAUUUGAUAAAUGUGAUAUUCCAAUGAUAUUCCACAAUGAUGGUGGUGCAACUCCGAAAUGUAUGGCCACGUUGCACCUUGAAGAAAGGAGGCCCAGCACACACCAAGGUAAAGAUACUGAGAUAGCCUUUAUUGUGACAUUCCAGAAAGACACAACCCUGGUCCCGGACGAAGGGAGGUGUAAACCCCUAAAACGUUAUGUCUUUAAUUGUGCACCUCUUGUAGUUUAUUAGUAAGCAAACACUUAAUUCUUACAAAAAAUGUCUGCUGUGAAUAUCAGAGAAAGAGGACAAAAUAAUUGUUAUAAUAUAUAAUAAUAUAAUAGAUGUAAUAUAGCUGCAUAUUAAGUUACAGGGCCCUUUUUAACUACUGUAUCAGUCAGUAUUUAUAUGUAAUUUAUGUGUUAAUGUGCACACUACUGUACAGAGCUAUGGAAUUUGUUGGUGAUUUAUGAAUAAUCUUCUCAAUAUAGUCCUGAAAUCAGAUGUGCAUUUUUAUGUUUGAGGACACAGCCAUUGGCUCAUUUUUGGAAAAUGAAAUUAAUGAAACUUGAAUGUAAGUAGUUGAUUGUACUUACUACUGUAGAUUGGAGCUACACAACCUUUUUUUACCACAUUCAACAUAAAAAGAGUUGGGGAGCAACAUAAGGGCUGUGAUUGGCUAUUUGGUAGCCCCUAUGUGGACUGGCAGCAUACAGGAAGCUCUGUUUGGCAGCACACCUGGGUACUGUAACUAAAACUUGCCUCCAAGCAGGGAAUUCAAAAAUAAGCACCUGUUUUGAGGACACUGGGAGCAACAUCCAAGGGGUUGGUGAACAAUGUGUUGCCACCAGUUGGGGAUUACUGCUACAGAUGGUAGCAACCCCUUGGUUUUGGCUUUGUUUAGACCCCCAGCAAACUUCCUAGAAAAGGGGAAGACCAAAGACUUAGUUACAGUAUGAGUAUGUCAGGGACAUGGCGUAGAAGAAGAGUCUCUUUAGCCUAUGUUUGGCCCCUCUGUACUAGCCAUAGGCUUGCAAGUGUCAGGGUUAAGGAAGUAGAGCUCACCUCAAUGGUUGAAUUUAUUCAAGCUGAUGAGAUAGGCAACUCUGGCCCCAACGAGAAGUUUAAGCCUCUUGCUUUUAUAUGGUCAUGGAACUCCUAGGUACUUUAUUCACUAUAUAUAUAUUGUACAGUUUUUAUACCUCACUGCAUAAAUAUUUUAUUAAUUUCUGUACAAUUAUAUAUUUUGCUGCAGAGUGCUAAAGAAAUACUUAUAGUUUAUCAUAACUUAUAAAUAAAAAUGUAUUUUAAA